GGGCACGGGCCGUUCUUUCGAUACGUCUCGUCGUGUACAACUCAUCUUGUUCGCGUCCAAUUCACGAGAAAUAUUCGCAAUAUCUUUUGGUGGUUACAUACUGUUACGUAUACUUGUUAGCGCGCAAUUGUCAAGGGUGGCUCGCGGUGACACGCGGAUUUUCUAUAACCGCGUCCUAUCUGUGUCGGGGGUUGCACACCCCGAGAACGGCAUGCUCAACAAUAUCUCCGCCGGCGGUUCGGUACACGGUAUUUCCGGAGCGAAGGAUCUUCAUGCGCAGGACCUGAAGAGGCACGAGAAGUUGGACGGCGUGCUCGGAGUGAAUUUGGGGAGCGGAUUGUCUGCCGGCGGUGGCCUCACGCUUCAUCAGGAAUUAAUCAUGACUAUGCCUGGCACGGGAAACGCGGCGGCGAUCGGACAGGGCGAUGACAAACCCGCCAAGCAGAAACGGCAUCGGACGAGAUUCACACCAGCUCAGCUGAACGAGCUUGAAAGGUGUUUCAAUCGGACACAUUACCCGGACAUCUUCCUCAGGGAGGAAAUAGCUGUGAAAAUCGGCUUGACGGAAAGUCGAGUCCAAGUGUGGUUUCAAAAUCGUCGAGCGAAGUGGAAAAAACGGAAGAAGUGCGGCCCAGUUUUCCGUUCUCCGCCAGGUCCGUUGCUGCCAUCGCACGGCUUACCCCCGUUUGGACCGAUGAGCUCCGACCUCUGUGGUGCCGGGAUGUUUAGUGGACCUCCUGAAAGAUGGACAAUGGGAACAGCCGCUUGUUUUGCAGGUCUUGGACAACUGGGACAAGGGGGCAUGGGAAUGAGUGGUUUCGGCCAAAGUUUGGGACAACUUGGUCAGCAAAGUACAGGGAGCCUUGGCUCGAGCUUAGGUCUUGGUAAUUCUGGACUACCGAUCAGCAGUCCGUCGCAGGCCGUCUAUCAAGCUAGUUAUGGUCUGAAUUCCCUUGGGGGUGUUCACGUGUCAGCAUCCCGGGGCUCACCGCCAGGAGGAUCCAACGUGGGUGGUGGACAGGGUGGUGGGCUAGGAUCAGCCUUGAACUGUGGCCAGGGAUCGCCUGGGACGACUUCUGGCAGCGGAGGUGGCGGCGGCGGUGUUUCCUGCGUGGCUGCCGACGUGAACGCAACCGAGGCGUCGGAUUGGAGAGGCGCCCACAGCAUCGCGGCGCUCAGGCGUCGUGCCUCGGAUGCGUCGCAACAAUAUAGUCCACAGCCGCCGCCACCACCCGCAGGACCCCCUCAGUACGCCCAGGACAUGGAGUACAAUUCUGUUUACUGAGGUCCCGCCAGUUUCGCUAUCAAUUCGACGAUAAAUCCUAUCGGGGAAAUGUUUCAAGGAUUUCCUUCAUGGAUGGUACCGAACGGUCAACGUGCAGGGUAGCGGAUCAAAGUAAUGCACGACGAGAGGGAAGGACACAUUGUGCCAGGAUGUUUCUCUUUGCUCCUCGUGAUUGUCACUCCGGAGCCACGGAUCUACGUUCGCCACGACAUAGAUGCGGUUCCGAUUUUCAGCGAUUUCAACGAUGGACAGCAACAUGGCAUGGGAUUCUGUCUGUCGAGAUGUCUCCCGAUAAUAUCGAAUAUUUGUUGUUAUUUUUAUUCUCGAGUUACGUAUGUUUAAAGAAGAGAAAGUGGAAGAAGAAGAAGAAGAAGAAGAAGAAGAAGAAGAAGAAGAAGAAGAGGGAAAAGAAAUUCGAUGAAAUUUUAUUACGUUACUGUAUACUGGCCGUGUCAAAACGAUAAGUUUCGAGUCAGACGAUACGAACGUAUAGCAGACGCCACUGAUAGAAACUAAGUCAGCAACAACGAAUUUUAGUUAUCUCUACGACGGUUAUAGAAGAUACGUCAAUGUUGGUUUUAUUCUUGCUUGGCUGAGUCAAUUUGUAAUUACGGAUAGAAGUCAAGAGGCCGUAGAAUUUCUAUCAAUUUUAGCGACGAUACUGAUAUUUCUUCUGUCAAUGAUAUGUGUGAUCGUGAUAUUCGAGAGAAGUGAGUCGUCAGACUGAACGAGUAAAUUAAGAAACAUUGGGAAGGUCUUUAAAAAGACGAAUGAGAGAGAGAAAAAGUUUCGUUAAUUAAAGAAGACAUACGCAUUAGUGACUUUUUCAAGAGGACUCGUGUCAUAUUGAAGCUGUGCAACGCUGAGAAGAUACGGUGGUUCAUAUAUACAUAUAUUAACUCUAUCACGGAUGUUGGUCGGACGAUUUGCUACAUUCUAUGCAUUUGUAAUAUGUUUCUAGGUUCCAAUUAACAAUUUAUACACCAAUAAUUCCAUCGUUGUCACAAUUGAAACGGACAAGUUUGAUUUUAUUAAUAUUUUACAACUGUAUUUCAUGUUUACUUAAGUUCUCAUGAAUUACUUACGUGAAUCAAUCGAUUUAUUUAUUUAGUCAAAAUCUAGAUCAAUUAUGUGAACAAAAAUUUGUUCUAAUUCUAUGAAAUUCAUUUUCCAUUUCAUGCUCUUUCGAAGGAAUUUUGAAAAUCAUAAGUAAUAAAUUCUCGCGUCGUGGCACGGUGUAACGAAAAGGUAUACGACAAGUUAUUAUAGUAUUACGUAUGGCAUUGUAAAUAUGGUAAAAAAAAAAUUGACGUAACAAUUAUGAUCAAUUAUAAUUAUUAUUACUAUUAAAUUUAGUAAUAUCACUGAUAACUUUCUGGCUAACUAAAUCUAGUUGAGUUUGCUUCCCUAAGUAGAAAUCUACUUUUAAAAACCAAAGCAAUGGUACUUUUUCAUAAUUUUCCCGCUUCACCUGAAUUUUAUUUUAUUUAAAAAAAAAGCCUAUUUGUCAAUCCUUUUAAGAUUUGAUGAUGAAAAACAAUUUGCAUAAGUUGAAUACGCAAAAGAGGAUCUAGCCUUUUACUCUGUUUAAUGUUACUUUAUGUUUCGAACGCAGACUGGUUUAAUUCUUGAAGCGCAUCAAAAUGUAAGUAAAUGCUCGAGAGAAGACGUGUACUGAACGAGAAAUUUCACUUGCUUCAAAAAUACCAGUAUGUGUGUGAGUGUAACGUUAAAUUUUGCACGAAAGGAACGGUACUUUGAGUAAACUAAAAUGCAAGUUAGCACUUCUGCGUGUUGCAUUUCCCCAAUAAUAUCCUAGAACGCUACAAGCUAUAGAUUGUUUCUGUUGUUGUACACCGGAGCGUAAGUUUUGUAAAUAGAGUAUACGUCUAAACAAUUAAUAAUAAUUAAAUAUUGUAAGUGAACACGACAUCCCAUUUACGAACGAAACGUACGCGAGUAUACUUGGACAUUGUGAUAUUUUAGGCCCGCUGUUCCAUUUUUUUCGACAGCGACAAGCCGUGUACAUGAUAUUGCAAGAAGAAUAAGCGGUACCACAGUAGUGAUCGCGAGCGACGACGAACGUCGAUUAUUCUAGUUACGAAUUUAUGGUAGUCCUAGGUAAAAGUUAGUGAUAAAUAUGAAAUGAACGAUAUGCAGUUGUCAGUGUAUUACUACGAAAUGUAUACGAUUUUUAAUGUACAAAAAAAAAAAAAAAAAAUGGUAUAGCCGCGAAACGACGAUGUUUUUUCGCAAUUUCAUCCUGCUGGUACGAUUUGUGUUCAGGAUGAAAUAUCUUAUAAUUGAACUGAUUCUAGCGAUUCUCUCGUUUCCUCUUUUCUUCUUGUUCUUUUUUUUUUUUUCAAAAUAUUUUCUAUACACCUACCGACUUGCACAUUUUUAUACAUAUUUAAAUAAAAAUCGAACGCCUGCAUAUACAAGACAUUUGCAAAAUGUGUCAUGAAAAUGCAUUAUGUCUCCUGUUAAAUACGUGAAAAAUACAACAAUAUUUAUUUAUGGGCUGCGUGCAUAGAUGAAAUGAUUUCGCGAAGAUCGAAUCUGUCAGAGUGUCGUGUUUAUUAGCGGAUUGAACUAAAUUGCAUGAGUAUUUUGUAAUAUGAUCGGUUAUAUAUUUCAUGUGAACGUUCUCCUUUUUUCUCAGCUCUAUAUUUUACAAGCAAUGAAAUAUAUUUGAUAGAACACGUCGCAAAAGAAUGGACUGACUUUAUGCAUCUUUAACACAAAUCAUUAUCGUCAAUGACCUUAAUUAGUAAUAAAUAGAAAAAUUUUAAUUUUUAUCGUUGUAUAGUUAUGUAUAGAAGACAACUAAGUGUGUAAAAUAAAUCAUUAUC